AUGGAGUGUCCAGUUUGCGGCGCAACUAAAAGUAGGAUGGAAAGGCAUCUUGUCAAUGUCCAUGGAUUUUCGCAGGACCGAAUUGCGGAAUUUAUGGCUCAGAAAAAGAGCCGAAAAAUUGCCGCAUCGGGAAAGCCGAUACACAACUAUAUAUGUCACUGUGAGCUUGCUGAGCAUGCUCACCAAGAGUAUGUCGAGAACGCAAAUCAGUUCGUGGUAGAGACAUUCAUUUUCCAAAAUCUGCGGGACAAUCAGAGCUGGAAGCUAGCCUCAGAGGAAGCGGGUGUGAUAAGCCGUUUCAUAGCAAAAAUGAGAACUACGAAAGACACCAAUGUCACCUUUUUCGGUACCAGAGAAAACGAAGAGGUGACAGAGGAAGUUGAUGGUGUAACAGUUGAAAACUGUUUCAACCAUCUCGGACAUGAAGCCCGUCCAUCUCAGCUGAGACUAAAGAAUAGUGCCGAGCAGUACAUAGUCUUCCUGUUAAGGGAUGGUCUCACCGUCCUACAAGUGUACAAAAAAACAUAG